CUCUUCAACCACCUAACACUAUAGAUUUACUUCCAGCUUCCAGUUUAUUCAAAACUUCAUUUUUAAAUUAUUUUCUUUCCAAUUUACCCUUAAUAAACUGAAAUUCCAUUAACUGAAAAGUUAUCAUCGUACUCCACAAAAAUGUGUUUUAAAUUAUAUUCAAAUUGUCAUUCGUAUGUGUUUUUGUAUAGUCAUAUAUUUCUGAAUUGGUAGAAAACGUAAGAAGUGAAUUAAAUACAAAAUAAAUAAGUGUUUCCUAUUUAAUAUGAUAUAAUCAAGAAUUUAAGAAGUCCCAGUCAAAAUGAUGAUGUCCAAUCCAACUGAGAAUUGGGAUCCUUCUCUUACUAGGUUAUUAACUUCGUUAAAAGAAGUUCAGUCAGAUGGCGAAGAUGUCGCGUUUUUAAGUGAAUUACUGCAGUCGAAGCAGUUGCACGCUCUAGUCCAAGUUCAUAAUAAAAUAGUAGCGAAAGGAAGGGAUGACAAAUUUUAUCCUUUGUUAUCUAAUGCUAUGCAAGUAACACUAGAAGUGUUGGAAAUGUUUGGUGAGCUUAAGACAGUCUCCAAGGAGUUCCAAGAGCUUUUGAGUCUGCUACAGAAACCUCACUUUCAGGCCAUAUUAUGUACUCAUGAUGCGGUGGCCCAAAAAGAUUACUAUCCACACUUGCCUGACAUCCCACCUGAUGCUGAUGAAGAUGAAGAAACGGUGAAGAUAGUUCAGUUGGUCAAAAGUGAUGAGCCAUUGGGUGGAGCUCAGAGUGCCGAGCCAAUUGUGGGUGCGACGAUUAAAACGGACGAGGAGACCGGCAAAAUAGUUAUCGCUCGCGUGAUGCACGGGGGGGCCGCCGAUCGAUCCGGCCUCAUACACGCCGGCGACGAGGUCAUUGAAGUGAACGGCAUAAGUGUGGAGAAUAAAACACCCGCGGAUGUGCUCGAUAUACUGCAAAGCUCCGAAGGGACGAUAACAUUCAAGUUGGUGCCAUCGUUCGGCAAGGGAGGCACUCGUGAAUCGAAAGUGAGGGUUCGGGCAUUGUUCAACUAUAACUCCGAUGAGGACCCGUACAUCCCAUGUAAAGAGGCAGGUCUCAACUUCAAGAAGGGAGACAUACUACAUAUUGUAUCGCAGGACGAUGCUUAUUGGUGGCAAGCCCGUCGCGAAGGCGACAGGGUUAUGAGAGCCGGCUUAAUACCAUCACGUGCUUUACAAGAAGGUCGGAUAAUUCACGAGAGGCAAAGUGAUCCGCAGACUUUAGACGGCAAGCCAGCCCUCUGUUCGCCAACCAAUGCCAGCUCGGACUGCAGUCCCAAAACGCCAUGUUCGCCAACCGCCAACGCCACGGCCUUAUUGCCUUGUAAAUCCACGCCCAAAGUGAAGAAAAUUAUCUACGACAUAAAGGAGAAUGAUGACUUCGACCGCGAGAUGAUACCCACGUACGAGGAGGUCGCCAGAUUGUAUCCGAGGCCCGGGUUCGUGAGGCCGAUAGUGCUGGUCGGUGCACCCGGAGUUGGUCGCAACGAGCUCAGGAGACGCUUGGUUGCUACCGAUCCGGAGAAAUACGUCACGCCCAUACCAUAUACAUCCCGGCCGCAGAAGUCCAGUGAGCAGAAUGGAAAGGAGUAUGUUUUCGUCACGCGGGAGAAGAUGGAGCAGGAUGUUUCUGAUGGAAAGUUUAUAGAGCAUGGAGAGUAUAAAGGCAAUCUGUACGGGACUUCUGCGGAGAGUGUUGAAACUAUCAUUAAUUCUGGGCGCGUAUGCGUGCUAAGUCCUCAUUGGCAAGCGCUUAAGAUGCUGCGCACGCCUCGUCUUCGUCCAUAUAUAGUAUUCGUUAAACCACCCCCCUUCGAACGCCUCGUGGAAACCAGGACUGCAGCUAACGCGCGGUCUACCUUCGAUAAGGAGAGCUCUAGGGCUUUUACGGAAGAGGAGUUCCACGACAUAGUACGUUCGUCCACCCGCAUCAACUUCCUGUACGGCUAUAUGUUCGACGAGGAGAUCGUCAAUGAGGACUUAGCAGGUGCCCUUUCUCAGUUGCUUAAAGCUUCCUGGCGCGUGCAGUCCGAGCCGCUCUGGGUCCCCGCCUCCUGGGUGCAAUAGUUGGGUAUACGUCACACGGUCAAACUCUGCGAAUUUACAAUGCUUUCGAUAUAUUUUUGCUGCGUACGUCGUUGAUUAGUUCCGUUGCAGUAUCAGAUAGCCAAUGAAGAGAAACGUACAGGGUUCGCGAAUUUAGUACGGUUACGGUCGGUACGGGUAUGGGUGCUGCGCAUCCCUUGUGAUUGAGCUCUUUCACAUGGAUGCUUGCUGGAGGCGCUGUCGGCUGGUUCACACGUGCCGGCUCACCCUCGGGGGUGACUCGGUGUUAGCACGUGUGGAUCAGCCUUUAAAUGUACGAUAUGAAGAUGACGGUAUAUUUUGUACUUCGCUCUUAUUUAUAUGAUGGUACAGAAACAGUAAAUUUUUCGAUAAUAUCACGCUUAGUAAUUUAUAUUGCACAACAUUAUUAUGGAAUCUAAUGCGGAUUUUUGUUAUUUGUAAUGAAAAAAUAUUUUUUUGGCUCAUUUUCUUUUGUAUCAUGGAAGUUGUCAACUUUAAUUUUACGAAUUGUUCAAUAUGUUUUUGGGGUCAAAAUUUGGGUUACAUUUGGAUUUAACAACGGGAUGGAUUCGCUCGUGGGCGUUUGCAAGCACAUUGGCUAUCUAAAUACUGGUUUAUUGCAAUAAGUAAUAAUUUAGACAAUACCACCGCAAACAUUCGUCAUACCACUUGCAAGGCUACCGCUUCAGUUAAUUUAUUUAGUUUUAAUAUAUUGCCGUGUAGUCGAUAGUUUUUCUUCCUACUGGAAUUGCUCAAAUAGGCUAAAUCUCUGGUAAAUGGUAUGACGACGAUUAUUUUUAUUGUUCAUAUUUGAUAACAUAAGCAAGCGAUCGCCUGAUCGCUGUAACACCCCGCUUGGUUUGACCAAGCCAUGUGUCAUGCAAAUUGGAUAACAAAUUUGCUCGCGUGGCUUUUGAAUGCCUUAUACCAAAUAAUUGUACACUUUUCCAAAGAUAAUGAUCUCGAUUUAGUUCAACAUUAUUAUAUUAAUUAAUUCUCUUUAUUGCUUAAGUACGGGUUUAUUGUUUUAAAAUGUUUUAGCUAAUUUUCUAUUAUGAAGUAAAUUCUAAACGUUUAUGUUUAUGGACUGCUACUCAUUCGGCUCGUACAUUUACCUGCAGUAUUAUUUUUGAAUUGUAUUUCCAUUAGUUUGCGACUUUCCAAUACAAUUAAUUUAUCUCCCUGAUUUUAUAUUUCUUACAACGUUGUUGGGUUGGAGUUAUGAUUGCGUUUGUAUGGGUUCGUGUUUAUUAGUUUUAAUUUUACUAUGAAAUUCCAAAAUAUUUUAUCUAUCCAGUUACAUAAUCUCUUUCGCAAAUGGUUAUUAUUGCCCCCCCCCAAUCCACAUACGGUCUGAACACACUGACCGUUGUUAAAAUCCCAUCAGUUUUAGUUCACCCUUAAUUAAUACGGUCGUAGUUAUAGUCUUUUAGUGUCAAAUUAUAUUAUUGGCAAAAUAUUUACAUGUGUGUCUAUUUAGAAGGCUUCUGAUUAUAAUCACUGGCUAACAUUAUAAUAUAUGUGUGUAGUUUUAUGGUUAAGAACUUUUACUUAUCUCACUCGUAUUUAAUCUAUAAUGUUAAUUACUGUAGCGUUUGAAAUAUUUCCCGAAUCAGAAUAUUCAUAGAUUAAAUGUGUAGAAACCUUAUAUGGUUGAUAAUAUUAAGACAAUUACGUGUAACUUAAUUGCACCAUUCGAUAGGCUUAACCGAAAAAAAAUGUUUAAUCACGCGAGAUAUCUGAGGUGUCUAUUCGAUUUUUUAUUGUCUAAGUUUUUCGAUUUCUGAGAAUUUGUUUUGUGCUGUCUGUGAUCGGCGAAGGUGACCGUGUUUUGGCCAGAUUUCAAAAUUCCUUAAUUUUCUUAAUUAGUAGCGUUAGUCCCAUUCGUCGCUAUAUUUAAUCAAAUUUCAUUACAGUCGGUUAAGUGGUAUUUAAGAUUUCACUAACAACAGCAUCUCACGAUCAUAAACUUACGAAUGGGACUGAUGCUCUUGCGGUUGAGGGAAAAGUAUCGAAUUUUGACGAAAAGUUUUUUGGAUUUUGUCGAAGUUUGUCGUCCUUCACUCACAGUACAUUAAAGUAAAUAUGUAUUUCACUUUCACUCCCCUGAGUACUUUUCGUUUCACUAUUUACUCGUGCACUUCGUUUACUUUUUAAACUGUUAUACCUUGCACGCCACCUUUCGCGUGUGUUUAGAAAUAGUUGGAUCGUUCUAUAAGCUAGGAUAAUGGGGCCCUACGCCUUCGAUUUGUAUUUACACGAAAAUGAGAGACGUUUAAAUAUAAUACUAGAUACUAGAGACUUUAGUGUACAUAGAUAGUUUUGCUCAUAACUUUAGGUAGGUCUAUGGUACCUACACUCCUACUACAUUAUGUAGUAACGAUUAAUUUUAAAGCAACUAAUAAUCUUAUUUGAUGAUUACCGUAGUACUAUAUCUUUGAUAUAGUUUUCGCGGUAAUUAACACGUCCAUAGGAAUUUGUUAUUCUUUACCAUCGACUCGUUAAAUGGAAAUGUAGGACGGUUCUCAGUGUCUAUACUUGUUGUAUAUGUCCAUAUGUGUCAUAAUGUUUGUUCGAGUGAACAUUAUGAUCAUUGCCAGUAUUUACCCUUGGCCUGUUGUUAUACCGUAAUAAAUAAUAAAUUUAAUAAUUCGUAUUUCAAAUAUAUAACAGUUAAUGUACACGUAUAUUAAAAGUUAUCUCGGUGUAUUGUUGUAUAAUGUAGAGAUGGAUUGUGGGAAGGAAUUUGAGUCGUUUAUUCUAUUCAUAUUCAAAAUGUUAUGUGUUAAUUUGGGGAUUAAAAAAAAGGGAAUUACUCGGCAGACUUUAACUCGGUAAACUGCGUCAAGUAUUAAAUUACUCAAUAAAAACGCGUUGUUAGAAAUAAUUUUAUGCGGGUAUCGUGUUGCUAUGCAGCGCUUUGGUAAACUAUAACCUUUUUUAAUCUCAUAAAUUUAUUACGUAUCAGCGUUCUCUGCGACAGUCUGGUUAUUAAAAAAGCCACUCUUAUAUUUUUUCUCACAAAUUUUCUAAUGUCCAAUUCGGAGCUAUAAAACAUUUUAUCGUGAAAUUUCAUUACAGUCGGUCAAGUAGUAUUUAAUAGACUACGCGCAAUUUCGCAAACAAGAAUUUCUAAGGUUCAUCAUUUAUGUAAGAAUAGGAUGGGACUAAUCUGACUGAUCGAUCGAAUGAAACUAUAACAUCUUCUGUCUCUUUGUUAACAGACGUUCCCAAAAACGUCUGUUAACAAAGAGACAGCGACUACGGCUGGUUCUCAAUUCGACCGUAUGUUUUUGAUUUUUUACACGAUAACUCCGUGAGUUUUCAACCGAUUGGCGUAAUUCUUUUUGCGUUUGAUAGGAAAUUUUCAUUUCGUCCCAUUCUAGACAUUAAUUCUUUUUUUUUGUAUAAAAUGAUCAUUUAACAAUGUAUCUUUACUAUAAAUAUCGGUCCAAGACUGUUUGCGUUAUUCAUUAUUCAGAUGCAUAGACAAUAUCGAAAGCGAUGCGAAAAAGCCAUAGUAAGAGUCGCGUUUUUAGAAGCGGGUUUAACAUCUAUUCGCUAUACCUUCGCAAUAUGUGCCCGAUCAAUACAAAUAUCGGUUGAUGUAUCAGUGUCUUGUUCCAUAAAUCUGAUUUUGAUAGUAGGAAAAUUUAUAAAACUUCGUAACUCGGAACUGGCAUGGGGGGGGGUCGGGCUACCGUUGCAUGUCUUUGGCACUCAUCAGGUGACAAGUUUACGUUGAAGCGGUUUGGAGACACUUCAUAGCGUAAAAUCGUUACCAGGAUAGUGGCAAGGACACGGCACGGUGUCCCGAAGGGGGUGGGCCAUGACCAGUUCCGGGUUAUUUAUUUUUAUAUAUUCUCCUUCUCUCCUUGUAGACAGUGGAUGUACCGGCAGUCUCUGUCCUGAUUUAAUACUGUUUAGUGUAUAAAUUUGUUUUGUUUUCGCCCUUUUCCUCAUUUUAGAAUCCGGAUUGAUCCGGUUUGACGGAUUGCUUUCAUUCUUAUUAGCUAAACGAGUAUCUUCAUUUUUUUACUUUCAUUACUUUAAGAGGCUGUUAGUACAUUCGCUGUUUUUCGUUACGUUGACGCAGUUCAGGUAAAAACAUAGUUUGCGUAUUAUCUAUGAAUUCUUUUAUCACUAUCCAUCUAUUUCAUUAUUUAUCUUUGCAAAAAGAUAAAAAGGGUCUUUGGUUUUUAUUAAUUUUCUUUCUACAUUUUCCAUUGGAAGGACUGUUGAACGAGGGGUUGCUUAUUUUUAAAUGGUCAUGUGAAUGCGAUACAUUUACCUAUAUAAUAUUGGUGUCGUAAUUAUUAUUCAAUAUUGUCGUUUUCUAAUCGUUUCGUAUUUAUUAUUAUGGACCUUUUAAGGUUAGAUGACUAUGCAUCUUCAGGAUUCGUGUUUAAGAAUGUUUAAUAUUAAUAAUUGUAGAUAUAAUUCUUCAUUUUUAAA